CGGCCCUCAGAGCCCGCAUGGAGCCCCGCAGCCUGCCGGCAGACGAAGCCCCGCCGCGCCGCGCUGCCCCGCGGGAGGGCGGCCGGAGGAAGCGCACGUCCUUCAGCAAGGCGCAGCUGGAGCUGCUGGUGCGCACCUUCGAGAAGCAGCCGUACCCCGGCAUCGCCCUGCGCGAGCAGCUCUCCGGCCUCACCGACAUCCCCGAGUCCAGGAUCCAGGUCUGGUUUCAGAACAGGAGGGCCCGGCAGCUGAACCGCAAGAAGAGCGAAGGUGCGCUUCCCACGCAGCCGGCGGCCGCCAAGGAGGAGCGCGGGCACUGCGGCGGGGGCUGCCAACCCCGGGGCCUCGGGCCUGAGCUCACCCUGCAGCCGGGGCUGCCGGGGGCGAACCAGAGCUGCUCAGGCCAGCCGCUGCCCUGGUCCGGGCCGCAGUAUAUGAGGCUCGAUACUCAUUUCAGGAACUUUGGAGUCCCCGGUCAGACCCUGUCUCACUUCGGCUUGGACUAUAUGGGAAAAGGGGAGCAGUUCGGUGCGGGAACCGUAGGGAGUGCCCCUCAACACUCGCUCUCUGAGCAGCAAACGCAGGACUACCCGUAUCUGAAGAAAUCUUUCCCUGAAAACUAUUACGCAGAUGUCUUCCAGCCAUGUACAGAAGAUUACCUACAUCUAGCAGCUAAAGAGAACAUGUAUAGCAAGCCUGUGUUAAACUACUUAAAUGCUGACCAAGGUCUGGUCGAUGAGACCUAUUCAUAUAUAAAGCCAAACACCUCUCCCUUCAGUAACAGUUCAAUUCCAAGCUGUGGUAAGGGGGAUUUUAUGCUUGAGCUGAAGCAGAUGAGGCACAGCCCUCCUGAGUUUGCAGCUAGUGAGGCAAGUCCUCCUUCAGUACCUGCAAAACAUGAAGGGAGGUACCAGGGGACAUGUGCUGCUCCAGACCCACUGUACGGACAGCAGCUGCUGGGGACAGUGAGUGACUAUGACCCUCAUUGGCUGGGUAUGAGAAAUGAAAUUCUGGGAAAUGGUUUAGACUCGCUGUUGGAGCAAAAUGGGGAGCAGGGUGGGCCUCAAAGCUACCUUUUUGCUUUGGGUGGCCAGAAUUCAGCCUGCCAUUUGGGUCACACAUGAAACUAUGACAGCAAGGUGCUUCAUGAAAAAAUCACAUUUUCUUUUGUUUGAUUGGCAGUUUUGUCCCAAAGUGGCUAGAGGUUUUGCAGGUGGAAGGAUGGAGCAAUUGCUGUGAGCUUUGUGCUCUGUCUGGAAGGGAAAGGAAGAUAAGCAAAGCCAGCAAGGUGUACAAGAGAGUAACCUGCUGAAGGUGUGUUGCCCGUCCCUCCCCUGUCUUGCUGGGAUUGUCACCAACCUGUCCUCAGCAUUCCUGCGAGCAUUUGGCUUUCAGUAGCUUCGCAUUAACCUGCGUUUACAGACAAAUCCUCACAGAUACCUCAGUACCAAAGACUUUGUCUUCUGCUGCACAGACUGCGUUGGAUCCUACCAGGAGGCUUGGGACUGUGGGAUUGGUUUUGUAGUCUUACUGCACAAGAUUUUGUUUGUAUGUGGGUGUGAAGUCACUUUCUUUAACUGAAGAAGUGCGUAGGAAACAGACGUUAAAUUUAGAGCCUCUAGUGGAGAAAACAUGAAUGCAAGAUGGUCUGAGCUUGGGAAAUGCAGCCUUGGUGGCGGCAGGCUGGCUCACUGGGUGUAUUUGUGUAUUAGGUGUGCUCCUGAUAAAGGACACUCGUGGUGUCUUCUUAGGUAUUUAAUGUGUAAUGUUUUCAUUUAAAAAUGACCAAAUUUAUAGCUUUUUAGAAGGCUUUCUUUUUGUGAUUUCCUGUUGUAUAAUUUUUUUUCAAAUUGUUUGCUAAUAUUUUAAAGGAAUUGUGUUUAUUUAAUUUAAUUAAAAACAAACACAAACCAACUCUAAACAAGCAAUUUUCAAUUUACCAAAGGAAGGCUUUUGACCAGGGUGAUAAUGAACUUGUAGAACUGCACUCGCGGUAAAGUGUAAUAGUGUUCCUUCUUUGCACUUGAUACACGGGCCCUGUUUUUAGCCUUCUUGAACUCCAUGGCCAUCUAGAAGACCAGUGUCAUCUUAACAAUGUUCUGAUGAAACUCCCUGGGGCUGGAGGGGUCUGUUCUAGGGGGCUUCCAUGGCUGGGUGUUAAAGCAAUAUCAGACCUUGGAUAUUGAAAUCUAUACAUGCAAAUCCUUUUUUUAAUG